UUGAAAGCCGCGAAAAGAUGUACAGUACUGUACUUAUUUCGAAUUUCGUAAGGCUCCGACGUUCCACUCCGACGUUCCACUCGUGAACGACGAACGUUAAGCAAUGUCGAAGCGAAAACGUUCUGACAACGAUCGUUCUGUUAAUGAUUAUCUCCCUGUGGCGCUGCUGCGCGAACUGCGGGAACUGCAGUCGACGGGGACGUUCUGCGAUGUCGUUCUGAAAGGCAGCGAGGAGUCCGCAGCUGGGAUUCCCUGUCAUCGCAAUCUCCUCAGCGCGCACAGCGCCUACUUUCGGGCCGCCUUCACGGAGAACUGGAAGGACUCCAAACAGCCAGCAUUCCAACUGCACAACAUCGACAGUCGCACGUUAAACGAAUUGGUGAAAUAUUUCUAUACUAUGGAAAUCAGCGUGAACGACGACAACGUGGAAGCCAUCUUGACUGCGGCGCAGUUCCUGCAGCUGGAUUCCCUUGCCAAACGCUGCUGGCGCUACGUGGAAGAGCACAUGCGCCUGUCGGACUCCCUGGUGGUCCAUGCUCUGGCCUCCCAGCACUACAAUCCUGUUCUGGCCGAAACGGCCCUCGGAUAUAUCCGGCGACGCUUUCCGCAGUUUGCGCACAGCCAAGACUUUCUGCAGAUGGAUGCGCAGCAGCUAAAUGAGCUGAUUGCCUCGGAUGAGGUGGACGUGGAGAGUGAGGAUCAGGUGUGGCAGGCGGUGCUGUGCUGGCUGGAUCACGACCGUGGCGGACGAGCGGCGCACGCGAAGGCUGUUUUACAGGGCGUCCGCGCUGCCUUUCUGAGCGACCAAUGUCGGCAGGAAUACACGGUGACCGUCGCCAGUGCAGCGGCAGCCGUGCCGUCCUGCCAGUCCGCAAUGGUGAGCGAAGUAACGGAUGGAAGGACGGAGAAGCCGCGACAUUCAUACGGUGCACACGAAGUGAUCCUGUGCGUGGGUGGACGCCGCUGUGACGGUACGGUGGACGUGUUCAGUCCGUCCAUCCCGGCCGUGUGGCGCCUGCAGCCGCCUGGACCCCGUAUUGUGGAUCCCUGCGGCGUCAUGGUGCGGGACGGCAGUUCGCUGCUGAUCGCCCGAUCGUACGACGUGGUGACGAUGCAACGGGACAGCCGCUACGUCGGUCUGGAGGGUCAGUGGGGCCGGCGAGCCGAAGCGCAGAUCAGCCGCCUUGCGGCCGGUCUGGCCGCGCUGAAUGGGCGCAUGUACGCGGCCGGCGGCUAUGGUGCGGGUGACAGCCCAUUGGCGUCCGUGGAGAUGUACGACCCCGGCAGCGAUGCCUGGAGCGCCGUCGCCGCGCUGCCGGUUGGGCUGGCCCGCUUGGCGCUGGUAGCGUGUGGCGGGCGGUUGUACGCCUUCGGAGGCGAACGCAAUAACGCCCGGGACGCCAGCAACUGGGCUUUGGCUUACGAUCCCGCCGCGAACGCCUGGAGCCGACUGGCCGACAUGCCCACGGCUCGCAGCCGUUGCGUGGCCUGUGUUGGUCCCGGCGGGUUGAUUUACGUUAUUGGUGGCUAUCGCUGGACCGGCCUUGCACAACAGAUGAUAGGUAACCGUGGAAUGGGACGCCGCGUGGAAGCGUACGACCCCGUUAGCAAUCAGUGGCUGCGGAAAGGGGACCUGGUCAUGCCGCGCAGUGAACCUGCAUCUGUCAGCCUGGACGGGAAGCUGUACGUGCUCGGGGGGUCGGACGAUGAGAACGGGAAUGGGUGUCUCGACAGCAUCGAAGUGUACGAUGAGGAGGCGGACCGCUGGGAGCUGCACGAGUGCCGCUUGCCGCAGGCCCGAUCGGCCUUCGGCUGCGCCGUGAUGAAGCUGCGACGCGGCUGAAGGGAACGCCGCUUACAUUGCGCCAUCGUUGUGCCGGCUUAUACGGAUUAUAGGACGAAGGUGUCGGUCUUAAGUUUGAAAUGUUGCAUUGGGGAAUGAAAUAAAGUGCAGUGAUGCACAUGUUUUUAAUUCUUUUACCGGGUACAUUUGGCUCAUCCUUUCACUGGGUUUAUGUCAUUUCAUCUUGCACCUGAGAAAUAACUACGUUUAACGAAGUAAAACCGCUGGACAACAAAGAAG